UAAUGAUAAGAUGUUCAUAAUUGUAUUAUAACAAGAAGUAUAUAGGGUGGGUAGGGCUAUAUAUUGUAGUAGUGAAAUCUAAGGUGAAAGGUUGCAUUGCUCGAAGAAAGAAUAAUGAGACAAAGAAUGGAAAGGCUUGUGAUUCUUCCUUUCUCUGCUGGUUGCAUCUCUGAGGCCAGUGUUGCUGUUGGUCUUCCUCAACCCAGAAGAUCAAAACCAGACACCAAUUCAUCACCUCCUACAAUAAAAGGAGCAAAGGGUGUUGAGGAUUCAGAGACUUUGUCUGGUGAAAACAUGAAGAACUCGUUGAGGUUGCUGGACGUUGUUCCAAAGCCUAACCUUUCCAAUGGCUUCAACAGACUGUUCAAGGGUUUCAAGAAUUUCUCUCAAUUGUUUGUGGAGAAAGAUGAAUAUGAAGAAAUGGAAAUAGACAUGGAAAUAGGGUGUCCAACAGAUGUGCAGCAUGUCACACACAUUGGUUGGGAUGGCAUUGCAACUUCUAAUAAUGACCCUCUCAUUCCUCCACAACUCCUCUCUCUAUCGUCUCAAUCUCUUCAACAUCAAAAAUUUCAAACAUCAUCGUCAUCUCCUAAUUAAUGUUUCACUCUUUUAAGAAUAUUCUUAUAUGUCAAACUAGAAAUGUGAGUUCAUGUAUUAAUCGUUCAAAAUAUAUAUAUUUUGGUGAGUUCAAUUUA